AUGAGGUUAUCUCUUGCAGCGUUGGCUUCGCUGCCGGUGCUUGUUGCCUCUUUAGCCUCGACCGACUCGUACCGCGAUGCUGAUCUGCCUCAAUCGGGCUACUUGCCCAACCACAACUUGAACCCCAACGUCGCAGGGUCUUCGAGCUUCAAGAACCUGUGGACUUUUGUCUCUCCUAAUGCCAAGGAACUAUGGCUAGCCAAACCUCUGGUGUACACACCCGAGGGCCAAUCCGAGCUCGUCAUCACCGCCUCGGAGAUGAACAUUGUCCGCGUCUUUGACAGUAAGACGGGGAAGCUGUUGAACAGCAGGACGCUUCAGCCGCCUUUCACUGCCCUCGACAGCAACUGCGGUGAUAUUCCAGACUGGGUUGGUGUUACUGGCACUCCCAUCAUCGACCCCAACACCGACAUUAUGUAUCUGUUUUCCAAAGGCUACAGGGACGGGACGACUUCCGGCACUGCAAACGGAGUCUACAAGAUGUACGCUAUUCGGAUACCCACCCUCGAAGACGUUGCUGGCUUUCCGGUUCUCAUCGACGGCAUCAACGCCGACAAUGAUCGCGCCCGCUAUUUCGUCGGCGGCGUGGCUCUGCAGCGGCCGUCUCUGACGGAGCUCAACGGCCACAUCGUGGCAGCGUUCGGCUCUCACUGCGGUCGUUGGAACUACACCGGCUACCUUGUCUCGGUCAGCAAGACCCCGGGUGUCGGUCCCGUGAGUAUGUGGGCAACCGAAGCCGCGCCAGGCGCUCCAAAGCCUCAGCCGCUCGAUCUGGCCACCGAAACUGGUGGCAAGGCUGGCAUUUGGCAGAGCGGCAUGGGCCUGCCUACCAUCGGCAACAACGUUUUCUUCGUCGCUGGCAAUGGUCAAGGACAUGCCAAUGGUAACGUGCCAGCUAGUGGCAGGCUUCCCAUGUCAACGCUAGACGAGUGUAUUGUGAAGAUGGAGCUCUCAGCCACUGGCAAACUCAGCUUGAUCGACUAUUUCCAGCCAUACGACUACAUUGGCCUCGAUGCCGGCGAUCGCGACGUUGGCUCCUCCGGACUGGCCGUCUUGGACCCCUCUGUCUUCAAAGGCGCCGGAGUUAACCGGAUUGGCGUGACCGCGGGAAAGAAGGGCCGCACCUAUAUCGUCAAUGCUGACAACCUUGGCGGUUUCCGACAGGCUGCAGAUGGUGGAGAUGGUAUCCUGCAGACCAUCGAGCUCGGACUCUCUGUCUAUGGUGGAUUUGGUAGCUACCCUGCUGAAGGUGGCUACAUUUAUGUAACCCCGGUCGCUGGCAGUCUCGUUGCCUACAAGCUUGGCUUCGACUCAAAAGGCGCUCCCCAAUUCAGUCUCGCUGGAAAGUCAACGUGGAUCUCUGCCGGCCGAGUCGGUGUUGGUCAGAUGACUGUUACGUCUGACAAUGGAAAGAUUGGUACUGGUAUUGUCUGGAUCACCGACGUCAAUACCGGUCUUAUGGCCUUCCGAGCUGUUCCUCAGGACGGCGUCAUGGUUCCCCUCACUCUUCCACAGUCCCAAGGCACGAACAAGUACCAGCGCCCUGUUUUCGGAGACGGCCGUGUAUUUUUCCACUCCAACAACAACAAGCUCGUAUGCUUUGGCGCUCCUGUUAAUUCCGCCGUUAACUGCACCAGCCCGGUUGAUUUUGGCUCCGUCGAGGUCGGAUCUGUCGCCAGCGCGAGUGUCAGCUGCAAGGCCAACGUUGCACUCACAAAAGGCACUGUGGCCGCGGGCACAUCCUUUUCUCUGAAUGUGACAUGGGACCUCUCAAACCCUGCUGCAAAGGUUGUUCCUGGUUUCCUCACCAGCGCGUUGACACUCUCUGUCAGCGCCGCGGCAGACUACGCUCCAACGACCGUAGUGUCGCUACAAGGCACCGUUGUCAAACAAGGUGCCUUCCUCAGUGCGGCCCCUUCCGACAUCGCCUUUGGCAGACUCGUGCUGCGAGACGCCCCCGAUGGCUUGACUGGCACAGCUCUGUUGCAGAACGUGGGCAACGGUACUCUGACUUUUGCUGGCUUUGCUUGGCAAAGUGAUGCCGGUACUUACACCAACAUCACUGACGAUGGUAGUUUGGGCUCCGGCUUCUCGUCACCGAACUUCCCCGCUGUCGGUUCUUCCCUCGAGUCUGGCCAGAGCUUGUCUGUCCCGCUUCGUUUCUUCCAGCAAACCUCCGGGUCGUACACGACAAAGGUUACGAUCUGGUCGAAUGGCGGCUCGGCUAUCCUCACAUUGAGCGGCUCCGUCAAUGAUCCUCCAGUUGUGACAUUUGAGCUGGCCGAUGGCUCUGGCAACUGGAACGUGCUCUCAGAUUACAAGGUUGCGUUUGGAAAUGUGCUUGCUGGCGCUUUGGUCGAUAAGCAGAUUCGUGUCUGCAACAAGGGUGGCGCACCUUUGACAAUCACCAUUUCCAAGCCCCCUGCGACGCCUCAAUUGUUUGCUCUCAACCCCAACAACGAGCUCACUGAAGGGACGCAGGUUCCGGCAGGAACAUGUGCGAUUGGCAGCGUCGGCGUACAUGCCGCCCCUGUCCAGCCGAACCAUCCAGCUCAGUCUUUGAGGGCUCUAUGGACUCUCAGCACAGAUGGCAACGACCCUGUAACAGGCCAAGCUUCCGGUUUACACAACAUCGUUUUCGAGAGCACCGUUGUCACCAAGCAAGUCGGACCUCUCCUUACGAACGGAACCGCGCGGUAUCAGUGGGUUGGAUGCUUCAAGGACACUACCAACUUGGGCCGCAACUUGCAGAACUCGGUCAACACCGCCGACCAGCAGAAGACGAACACUCUCCAACAGUGUCAGACACUCUGCCUUGCCAGAGGCUUCAUCCUUUCUGGCGUCCAAUACCAUUCAGAGUGCUGGUGUGGUGGAAACAUCAAGAACCCCUCUACCUAUACAGACGAGUCUCUCAACCUUUGCACCUUCGAUUGCACGGGCGAUGAUACACAAGCUUGCGGCGGUGACAACGGACACAUGAGCUUGUACGCUGAUAUAACCUCGUUCGACAUUCAAGGAUUCUACAAGUCGCACGGUUGUUUCAACAGCCUCGUCAAGCGCAUCUUCUUCAGCCGGCAGCAGCAUAGCGAUUUCCAGCUCUGUGGCAUCCAGCGUCCUUUCAUCGGCCACAUCGACCUCUCCUUCUUCGAGCAGCAUCGGAAUCUCCUCAAGUUUGUUCAGCAGCAGCAGCAGCAGCAUUGCGAGCACUAG